CUGCCAACUAGCACAUGAGAGUGCCACGUAGCCCCUCCGCUGUGGGCGUUUCACCUUUGACGUGGCAUGCACUCAAUCCUUCCACCUAAAUAAAUACCCCAUUCUCUCUCAAACCUUUGCUCUCUCAAUUCAUUGCUAUCCUUAACAAGGCCACUCCUUCACCUAAUACUGCUGCACUUUUUCUUUGCUCUUUCUUUCUUUCUUUCUUUCACUUUCGGGGGUUUCCCCUGUCUUUUUUCUUUUUUUAACGGGCAGACAGAAAGAGCAAGAGCUUUAACAAUAAUAAUGCCUGCACCGUUUGGUGGUGGUGAAGCUGCCAAUGGAGACUCAUCGGAUGGUCUAGAUCGUUCCAAAGAUGGCCCUCGAGAUUUUCGUGCCUUCCCAUCUUUAAUGUCUUCUUGCUCUCCCAUUACUCUCAAGUUCAUCGACGUGACAUACCGUGUGAAACUCGACAACAAACAAAAAGUACAAACCAGCAAUAUCGGUCGAUGCAUGUUCGGUAACGAACCUCAACCGUCCGAUCAUCAAAAAUCAACAGCCGCAAUGAGCGAACGAACAAUCCUGCAUGGAAUCACAGGCAUGGCAUUCCCCGGUGAAAUCAUGGCCAUACUUGGUCCCUCCGGAAGUGGCAAAUCAACGCUCCUUAAUGCAAUCGCAGGGAGGCUCCAAGGACACGGCUGCAGCGGAACAGUCCUUGCCAACGGUCGAAAAUUCACUAAACCAGUACUUAAAAGAACCGGGUUCGUAGCACAAGAUGACGUUCUCUAUCCACACCUAACGGUCCGAGAAACCUUAAUCUUCUGCUCCCUUUUUCGGCUGCCGAGAACACUGUCCCGAAAAGACAAGGUCUUGGUGGCAGAGUCGGUGAUUUCGGAGUUAGGCUUAGAAAAAUGUCAGAACACGAUCAUCGGGAACAGCUUUGUUCGUGGGGUAUCGGGUGGUGAGAGGAAGAGGGUGAGCAUAGCCCACGAGCUACUCAUAAACCCGAGCUUGUUGGUACUGGACGAGCCGACGUCGGGUCUGGACUCGACCGCGGCGCACCGACUACUGAGCACGUUGGGCGCCCUAGCUCAAAAGGGUAAGACGGUGGUGACGUCGAUACACCAACCGUCGAGCCGGGUGUACCAGAUGUUUGAUUCGGUGUUGGUGCUGUCGGAAGGAAGAUGCUUGUACAACGGGAAGGGAAGCGAGGCCAUGACCUACUUCGACUCCCUAGGCUUCUCGCCGUCUUUCCCCAUGAACCCUGCGGAUUUCCUGCUUGAUCUCGCUAACGGUGUUUUCCAACUCCAAGGUUCAAGCGAAAGUGAUAAGCCGGCGGCCAGUGUGAAGCAAAAUCUAGUGUCUUCUUACAACGCUUUAUUAGCUCCAAGGGUCAAAUCUGCUUGUCUGGAAAACCCAAAUGAUUCAAGCAAAGACUUAUCAGGCUUCAGCAGUGAGACGUUCAUUAGCCAUAAUAAUUCCACCAAACAGUCACCCAGAACAAGGAGAUGCUGCAAUAUAGGGUUUUUGACAUGGGUAAGCCAUUUUAGCAUUUUGCUGCAGAGAAGCCUCAAGGAACGAAAGCACGAAUCCUUUAACGCUCUAAGAGUUUUCCAAGUAAUCACGGCUGCAUUGUUAGCCGGUCUAAUGUGGUGGCACUCGAAUUAUCUCAACGUCCAAGAUCGCCUCGGCCUUCUCUUCUUCAUAGCCAUAUUUUGGGGUGUUCUACCCUCUUUCAAUUCAGUCUUUGCAUUCCCUCAAGAACGUGCCAUCUUAAUGAAGGAACACGCCUCCGGUAUGUACACUCUUUCUUCGUAUUUCAUGGCGCGGAUCGUCGGAGACUUGCCCAUGGAGCUUAUCCUCCCCACCAUCUUCCUUGCAAUCGCUUAUUGGAUGGCUGGAUUGAAGCCUGAAUUCAGUGCUUUUGUUCUGACCCUGUUGGUUCUGCUAGGCUAUGUUUUAGUCUCUCAAGGCCUUGGCCUUGCUCUAGGGGCCGCUAUUAUGGAUGCCAAACAGGCUUCCACCUUAGUCACGGUCACUAUGCUGGCUUUCGUUUUGACUGGAGGAUUUUACGUCCACAAAGUGCCGUAUUGUUUGGCUUGGAUCAAAUAUAUUUCCACAACAUUUUAUACUUACAGGCUUCUAAUUAAUGUCCAAUAUGGCGAAGGGGAGGCGAUUUCGGCUUUGCUGGGAUGCUCUCGCCAUGGAAGAAGAGAUCGAGAUAAAGCAAGUUGUAGAUUCAUCGAAGAAGAUAUUGAAGGGCAGCUUAGUCCUCUGAUCAGUAUCUCUGUUAUGUUGUUAAUGUUCGUGGGCUAUAGGUUAUUGGCCUACCUUGCUUUGAGGCGAAUCAAUAAAGCCUUAUAACCAGUAACAACAAUAAGUACAUUGCAGUUAAUACUACAGAUGAUAGGUUUUUAUUCUACGGGGGAAAAGUACUCAAAAUUAAUUCUAUAAUUAUUAUUAUUAUUAUUAUUAUUAUGGAACUCAACAAAGGAUGAAGAAAGCAUCGUCAAUGCAUUAUUUAUGUGCUUCUGUGGUAUCACCAUUGAUUUGUGUGAAUACUCAUUACUAGAAAAAUACUUUUUCGCGUCGCGUUAGUCUAACGUGUGUGGACUACGCUCACUAAUGCCAUAAAAAAAAAUAUGAACAAUUUGCGUCAGUUGCCCACUGACGCUGCAACCCCCACUUGCGUUAGUGGUCUUCUCCAUCUCUCUCUCUCACAC